GGCAAUAGAUCGUGAAUGCUGAGUAGCUUCCGGGUCAGUGAUACAGAAACACGAAGCACCAGUAUGAACGCCAAGAUCAUCAUCAUAGCGCUUUGCGCUGCUCAGUUCGCCGCGGCUCAAGAAAACGGAUUUAUCAGCUACUUUAGAAGUAUCAUUGACGACGUCCAAACCCUGGAACAACAAUACACACAAAGCAUAUCCAAGGCACUGAAUGCGGGAGAAUCUGAAAUUGAGUCCCUGCUGCAACAGUUACAAAACCAACAAGCGAAUGUCCUCGAUAAAUUAAAUAUUUCAGAUUCUGCUCCCGAAGUUAUAGCUUGCAUCCAACAGGAAGAAGAAAAAGCAACGGAAGUCGCCAACGACGCUUACGCCCAACUCCAGGCUGCAGUUGUAAGUCAGUCUGAAGAUGCCCAGGUUUACAUCAACAAGGCGAAAGACAUAGGCAAACAAGUGUUGGAAACAGCUGAGCAAAUAGCUGUAAAUUUAUCAGUAUGCAGAGACAAAGGCAUUUUCACUACAAUCACCUGUCUUCCCAAUGCAAUUGUAAAAGCGACAGUUGCUGCCUCUGUUUUCAGGUCUAAAUUACAGGAAGUAUUAGAUUCGGCACAGAGCUCUAUAUCUCAGCUUGCUAGCACUUUGUCCAGUUCAGUUCAAACAUACACCCAGAAUGCUGCUCAGCAACUGAAUGAAAUCAGUGAAGACUUCAACAAAUGCAUUGAGAAUGCAGCGGCUAACAGCACAUCAUCUGAACCAGCAUCUCCAAAUGAAUAAUAUCUUCAAGCGUUCAUCUUACAUGGACGUAUAGACAACAAAAUGAAUCUUAUUGCAUUACAGAGUUAAUAUUAAACCUUAUCUUCAGAUAUGGAUGUGUAUUCACAUAUCUCUCUUAUAAUAACUCUAUGCUAUCUUUGAGGAAAUAAAAUGUUAUUAUUGUCAUAUAAA